CAUUAAUAAGCUGAAGAUUCCUUAGAAGAGGGCCAUUGAGACGAUGAAGAUCCUUCCAUUAAGGAAUUGAUUAGAGUUUUGGGGAUUCAUCCUGGAGAAGAGGAAGCUCAGUAGGAAUAUACUGAAACUCUUUAAGAACUUGAAAGGCAAAAAGACAUGCGUCUAUCAGCCUUGCUAGCCAUGGCAGUCAAGGCUGACUUGCCUCGUAACUACCGCUAUGGAAUGAGCCGACCUGGAACUAUGGCGGAGAAAAAGAGAAACCCUCCCUGGAAAAGACCGCGUCCAGUUCUUGUGGAGCCUAUACCUGAGGAUUCCUGGAAUGUGUAUUGUGGGGACAUGGUUGAGAUCCUGGAGGGCAAAGAUGCUGGGAAGCAGGGCAAAGUGGUUCAGAUCAUCAGGGAGAGAAACUGGGUUAUCUUGGAAGGACUGAACACGCAUUUCCGAAUUGUUGGCAACUACAAGGAUUUCCGGGGGACCAUGGUCCCCAGCGAGGCUCCCCUGCUUUUCCGCCAGGUCAAGCUUGUGGAUCCCACUGACAGGAAACCAACUGAAGUGGAAUGGAGGUUUACAGAGGAAGGUGAGCGUGUACGAGUCUCCCUGAGGACAGGAAGGAUCAUCCCAAAGCCCGAGUUCCCUAGACCUGAUGGCAUCGUCCCUGAGCAGUGGAUUGAUGGUCCCAAAGAUACAUCAGUGGAAGAUGCUCUGGAGAAAACUUACGUCCCCUGUUUGAAGACCUUGGGAGAAGAGGUAAUGGAGGCAAUGGGCAUCGUGGAGACUCGAAGACACAGGAAAAUCUACUGGUAUUAAAGUUAUAGCGGGGACUGUCUUUUAUCCCACCAUUGUCUCUACCCAAGAUCAUGACCCCAGAAGUCUGAGAAAUUGCCUUAUUUACUAUAAAGGAUUUUCUGAGGAAUGUGUAGACUUUUGAGAAUAAAGGAACUUGCUGAGCUACA